CAACAGCGCGGGUGCUGCGCCCUGACGUCACACGCAAAGAGAUCCAGAGCAUGCGCAGUACGGAGUGACUUCCGGGUAUGUGCUGCACAUGCUGGAGCGGUGUUGUUGUCAGUGAGUGUGUGCCGGUGAGACAACAUGGGGCUGGCGAUCUUGGAGAAGAUAGUUGCCCUACAGAAGAAGGCCGCCAACAUCCGCAAUAUUUGUAUACUGGCCCAUGUGGAUCAUGGGAAAACUACUUUAGCAGACUGUCUUAUAUCCAGCAAUGGGAUCAUCUCGAAUAGAUUAGCAGGGAAGUUGCGUUAUAUGGAUAGUCGAGAAGAUGAGCAAGUACGAGGAAUCACCAUGAAAUCCAGCGCUAUAUCCCUGCAGUAUAAAGAUGGGAAUGAAGAGUAUCUAGUCAACCUCAUAGAUUCCCCGGGUCAUGUUGAUUUCUCCUCUGAGGUUUCAACAGCUGUGCGACUCUGUGAUGGAGCGAUUAUUGUGGUCGAUGCUGUAGAAGGUGUCUGUCCUCAGACACAAGCCGUUUUACGUCAGGCCUGGUUGGAGAAUAUCCGGCCAGUUCUAGUGAUUAAUAAAAUCGAUCGAUUAAUAGUGGAGCUGAAGAUUUCCGCCCAAGAAGCAUAUGUACAUCUGCAGAAAAUACUGGAGCAGGUGAACGCUGUGACUGGGAGUCUCUUUACCUCCAAGGUACUGGAAGAGAGAGCUGAAAAAGACACCACAUCUGAGACAAUGGAUGGAGAGCAGGUCUAUGACUGGAGUGCAGGCUUGGAAGAGACAGAUGAUUCGCAUCUGUAUUUCUCCCCAGAUCAGGGCAAUGUGGUGUUCGCUAGUGCCAUAGAUGGCUGGGGGUUUACAAUUCAUCACUUCGUCACACUGUACAGUCAGAAAGUUGGGAUAAAGGCCGCUGUGCUGCUAAAGACCCUCUGGGGAGACUAUUAUCUCAAUUCCAAGGCCAAGAAGAUAAUGAAGGGGGCUCAGAGCAAAGGAAAGAAACCUUUAUUUGUGCAGCUCAUCCUGGAUAACAUGUGGAGCCUUUACGAUGCCGUUAUGAAAAGGGAGAAAGAGAAAAUUGACAAAAUAGUUUCUUCUUUGGGGUUGAAAAUCAGCGCUCGAGAAUCCCGGCACUCGGACCCAAAGGUUCAUGUGAAUGCGAUUUGCAGUCAGUGGCUUCCUAUAUCCCAGGCUGUGCUCAGCAUGGUGUGCAGGAAGCUUCCCAGUCCCCUAGAUAUAUCAGCGGAGAGAGUGGAGAAGCUUUUGUGUGGAAGCUCAAGACAAUUUGAUUCACUGCCCCCUGAAACCCAACAACUCAAACAAGCUUUUCUGCAGUGUAGCAGUGAAGAGAACGCACCAGUCAUUGUGUUUGUCUCAAAGAUGUUCGCCGUUGAUGCAAAAGCUCUGCCCCAGAACAAACAAAGGCCAUUAACUCAGGAAGAAAUUGCUCUUAGACGAGAGCUCGCAAGACAGAAGCACGCUGAAAGGAUGGCAGUCAAUCAGGGACAGGAGCUGGCUUCCUCCAGCACUGUAUGCCAAGUACCUGGAAACAGUGAGAACACCAAAGGUGAUACACAAACUGUGUUAAAUGAAAGGGAGAGCGUGCUACAAAAGUCAGACAAACAAGAAGCAGAGAACAAAAGUUAUUUUAUUGCCUUUGCUCGAGUGUUUAGUGGAGUGGUGCGCAGAGGGCAAAGGAUAUUUGUUUUGGGACCUAAAUAUGAUCCUGCAGAAGCACUGCCUAAGUUGCCAUCGGAUUGUCCCAUCACUGCUGACAUCUUGACCAUCCCACACAUGGCCUGCUGCAGCCUGGGUAACCUAUAUCUUCUAAUGGGCCGUGAACUGGAAGACUUGGAAGAAGUGCCUGCAGGCAAUGUUUUAGGCAUAGGCGGUUUGGAAGACUUUGUCCUGAAGUCGGCUACACUGUCCACAUCCCCAGCAUGUCCUCCAUUUAUUCCACUUAACUUUGAAGCAACCCCAAUUGUGCGAGUAGCUGUAGAACCAGUGCAUCCAAGUGAAAUGCCACAACUGGUGAAAGGAAUGAAGCUCCUAAAUCAGGCAGAUCCCUGCGUUGAAGUGUUGAUUCAGGAAACAGGAGAACACGUCCUUAUUACAGCAGGAGAAGUUCAUUUACAGCGCUGCCUGGAUGACUUAAGAGAAAGGUUUGCAAAGAUAGAGGUGAGUGCAUCAGCACCUAUAAUCCCAUUUAGAGAAACCAUAAUCAGACCACCAAAAGUUGACAUGGUGAAUGAAGACAUGGGAAAACAGCACAAAGUGGCUGUCAUACACCAGAUUAAAGAAGAGCAAAAUAAGUUGCCUGAAGGCAUCCAGAUAGACCCUGAUGGCCUAGUAACUACUUCCAAUAAAUUUGCCACACUUGGGGUCAGAGCCAUGCCACUUCCUGAAGAAGUCACUCAUCUUUUAGAGAAAAACAGCGACUUAAUCAAAACUAUGGAGCAGAUAAACUUGGCUUUCAGUGAAUGUGGCCAUGCCAUUCAGGUCAAUGAGACAACAAUCAGCCGAAUUCUUGAAUUUAAAAGCCAGCUUAAACAGCACUUACAGGGCAGAAGGUGGCGAAAUGUAGUAGACCACAUCUGGUCCUUUGGCCCAAGACGUUAUGGACCUAAUAUCUUGGUAAAUCGCAUGGAAGGUUAUGAAAGACCAUCUGUAUGGCAGUGUCUUGAUAAAGUUUCCCAAGAGGGUAGAUAUCAUAGUUAUGAUAACAGCAUUGUUAGUGGUUUUCAGCUUGUGACUUUGGCUGGACCAAUGUGUGAAGAACCUCUUAUGGGGGUUUGCUUCAUUGUGGAAAGGCUUGAUAUGAAUAAAUUGGUGGUAUUGGAAAGACAAAACUCAGAAGAAACAACUGUAACGAGUGAAGAAGAUCUACAUACAGCUGCAGAAACUAUUGGUUAUUCUGUAGGGGAAGCUGCUGAAGCAAAAGAUAUUCUACAACACAGCCAGGAUAGCACAAAGACUCUGGAGAAAUCCAGCAAACGCAAAGGGGAUUUCCAGUUUACAGACCGUUACGGACCAUUUUCCGGACAGUUAAUUGCCACAAUGAAGGAAGCUUGCCGGUAUGCUUUCCAAGUGAAGCCCCAGAGACUUAUGGCUGCAAUGUAUACUUGUGAGAUCAUGGCUACAGCAGAAGUGUUGGGUCGUGUGUAUGGUGUUCUGUCUAAAAGAGAAGGUCGUGUCCUGUUGGAGGAGAUGAAAGAAGGAACAGACAUGUUCAUUAUCAAGGCAGUGUUACCCGUGGCCGAAAGCUUUGGCUUUGCUGAUGAAAUAAGAAAGAGGACAAGUGGCCUGGCCAGCCCCCAGCUGGUGUUCAGUCACUGGGAGGUCAUUCCAAGCGACCCAUCUUGGGUCCCCACUACUGAGGAAGAAUACUUACAUUUUGGAGAGAAAGCGGACUCUGAAAAUCAAGCGAGGAAAUACAUGAACUCUGUGAGAAAACGUAAAGGACUUUAUGUGGAGGAGAAAAUUGUGGAACAUGCAGAGAAGCAGAGGACUCUGGGCAAGAACAAAUAAUUAUUCUCAGCUUCUUCCCUUGUUCUUUUUGCAAAGUUUCUUCAAUAAUUAUUUGAAUGUGUCGCUUGUAGUCUCCGGUUCUCACAGACUGUGGAGCGGAUUUUAAUAAAUGUAACUGAUGAGACAAUU